AUGGCCCAUGACCCCGUCGCUACAAACUCCUACACCACCGGCGAUGACGCCCACGAAUACCUCUCCAAGGCACACCUCGAGCGCCUCGGCCGCCAGCGCCCAGCCAUCUUCUCCAGCUGGCUCACCGAGGCCUGCUUCGUCUUCACCGUCGUCAUGUCCAUGAUGAUGAGCGAGUACUAUAUCAGCGGCUUUAACAUCAUCCUGCCGCCCGUGUCCAAGUCGUUGCACUUGAAUGACUCGGCCCAGACGUGGCCUGCUGCCGCAGCGAGUUUGACAAUUGCUGCGCUUCUCGUGCCCUUUGCGCGACUGUGUGAUAUAUACAGUAGCCGCAUCAUCUUCCUCGGGGGGCCAUAUCUGGCUACUUGUGUUGGCUCUGCUGCCUUUCUGCCUGCUGGCCUCGCCCUCUUGGGCUGUACAUAUCGACCUGGUCCUCGCAAGAACUUGAUAUUCAGCAUCUACGGUGCUUUUACUUGCAUCGGCUUCUAUUUUGGCAUCUUCAUGGGAGCCGUGACGGCGGAAUUUCUCAACUGGCGCUGGUACUUUUGGCUUGGUGGCAUCAUUGUCGGCUUUGUCGCUUUGGGUGGCAUCUUCGUCAUCCCGCGCAACCUCAAUGAUACGGAUCCAAAGGCUCGUAUGGAUUGGCUGGGCGCAGUCACCAUUGUGUCCGGGUUGGUCCUGAUCGUCUAUGCAUUCACAGAUGGUGGCCAUGCACCGAAUGGUUGGGCGACACCUUAUAUCUAUAUCACUCUCAUACUUGGUGUUGUUAUUCUUCUGGGAGCCGUUUACGUCCAGGGAUGGGUCUCGAGCCAGCCUCUUCUUCCCGCAGAACUCUUUCGUCCCAAGUAUAUGAAACGUCUGAUAGGAUCCCUCUUUUGUGCCUAUGGCGUCUAUGGUCUCUACCUUUUUUACGCCAGUUUCUAUAUUGAAAACGUUCUGCACGCAAGUCCCAUCCUGACGGCGGCGUGGUUUACGCCCCUUGCUAUAGGCGGCGUGUGUCUUGCUAUUGGUGGAGGCUUUAUCCUUCACAUCAUCCCAAAUCAUAUUCUUAUGAUCAUUUCUGGCCUGGGGUUCAUUCUUAGUGUUUUGCUCUUUGCCCUGAUACCAGAGCAGUCGGUAUCCAAGGACCCAUCGACCAGCUUCCUCUACUGGGCUUACAUCUUUCCAGCCAUGCUUUGCGGGACCAUUGGCGUGGAUAUUAUUUUCAACGUAACCAAUAUCUAUAUUACCACAGCCAUGCCGCGACGCCUCCAAGCCGCGGCUAGCGGACUUAUCAAUAGUCUAUUAUAUCUCGGCAUUGCCUUUUGGUUAGGUAUUGGCGGACUAGCCAUAUCGACAACGGAAAACUUGCGGGAAGAGUCUUUGCCCAAGCACAAACAGUAUCGGAUUGGCUUCUGGACGGGAUUGGGUGUUGCAGGACUCUCGUUAGCGUUAACACUCACAAUUCGCAUGGGCCAAGCCUCUUCUGGGAUGACGGCGGACGAAAAGGCCGAAAUAGAACACAGAGAAAUGAGGCAGACUGGCGUAGUUGGUGCUAAUAAUGUAGGCGGUGCGGAAAUACGAACGUCUCGCGAUGGCGAGGUGGAGAUGGCACCGCAGGAGACAAGCUCUGCCUGA